GACCUAUGCUUUAUGGUAGAUUGCACUGGCUCAAUGGCCAGUCACAUUGAGGCUGUCAAGAAUAGUGUGAAGAACUUGAGGGAAGAUCUGGUGAAGCAACACCGAGGAUGUGACCUCCAAUUUGCUUUUGUCAGAUACACCGACUAUGAUGUCACCUGCAACAGAACCACUCAUCUUGAUUUUACCAAUGAUGAGUCCCAAUUCAACUCCUUUGUUGGUGGCAUAAGUGCCCAAGGUGGAAGUGAUGGA